GUCAUUAACUAACAUGACAACUAAUCAAAUGAUUUAUCAAAAAUCUUGUUUUUUGCAAUAUUUAUGAAGUUAAACAACUAUGUCAGGUUCAAAUCCUUUUUCAGCCCUUUUCGGUAUCACAAGUUCCACAAAGAUUUCUAAUGUCAGUAAUGUUUUAGAAAGAAUUUUCAAAUUUACUAUAGAUCCAAACAAAUCUAACUCAGAUUUGCUGUUUUUAGAAGAUGUUCACAAAGUUCAUGAAAAAACUGAUUUAGAUUUAAGUUUAUUACAAUAUGCUUUAUUCGAAAGAUUAUUUUUGUGUAAUGAAAACUCGGAAUUACGAAGCGACAGUGAUAGCAUUCAAGAAACCAAAGUUGUCAAGUAUUUAUACCACUGUUUGCAAAAUUUAAAUGAUCACAAAAGUGAGUUAUCUGCUGAACAUUAUAAUGAUAUUAAGGACAAAAUUAUGCAAAAUACGGCUACUUCCAUUAUACAGCCAGAUGUUUAUUCUGGACAAAAUAUUGCAGCUGACUUGCUAGGAUUGUUGAGAGAUGCUGAACUUGGAGCAGAUACAUUUUUUCUUGAUGCUGUUAACAAAGUUUAUGAAGAAGAAAACAACACAACUUCAAUAACUACUUUUGUUAGAGCUAUCAAUAAAAUACUAAUAGAAGAGUUGGCUCCUGCGACAAUAACAGAUGUUAACCCUUCAAUUUUUAACUACUUAGAUGUUGUACCUAAUAAUGAAAUAUUAGCUGAAGUGUUUAUAGAUAACUGUGCUCCAAAGAAUAAUACAGGGUCAAGUUUUGCAGAAACUCUUUUAGGGGCCAUUUUGAACAACUCUGUAUUACCUAAGACCCCAGUUGGCCAGUAUGUACACUUUACAAAUCCAGUGGAUCAGCCUGUAAACAACGGAACUGAAGAAUACCUUUGGAUAUAUCUUUCGAAACAAAACAAAAACUUGCACAAAUUCUUUCUAGCUAUGUUAAAGUGUAGUCCAAAAGUUAAAGAGAAAACGACGCUAUGGAUCGGAAAAUGUCUUAAGACAAACGCCAAUAGAGGCAAAUUAUGGAACACACAUGUGCCUGAGUUAAAUCCAGCUAUGUAUACAAAUGUAGCAGAUGGGUUUAUGUUGAAUCUAAGUAAUUUGUUGUUAAGUUUGUGCCAACCAUUUUGUUCGAAGAUUAAUGAUGAAAGAAUUUUAAAAGUAGACCCCACUUAUUGUGCUGUUUCUAACGAAGAUAUAGCCGAAAAAGGCAUUCAUAUGUCUGAUAUGUCUACAGAAACUUGCUUUUUGCCAGUGUCUUCUGAUGAUACCUUGGAGGAAAAACGAUUGACUGCCAAAAGUUACAAUUUUGUUACUGAGUGUUUCUUCAUGGCUCAGAAAUCUUUAGAUUUGGGAUAUAGAGUUGGAGUAGACAAACUUAUGCGACAAAAUCAUGAAAUGGGUAGAAUCCAAAGAGCCUUUAAUGAUGCUGUACAACAAGCUGGUGGAAAUUCUGAUUUAGUAGGAGCUAUCAAAGAUAGAAUGAGCGAUGAGCUCACAAAGUAUUUAUCCUUAAAAUGCGCCCUCUCGGAUCCAGAUGUAAUAAGUAAAAUGUUCGAUUUGAUAUCAGCUACGUCUUACUGGUUAUGUCAGGUUUCAGUGCACCAACAUACCCCAGAAUCAACUGCCUUCGCUCCAUUGAAAGAAUUACCAGUCACAUUUCCAUUAGAUUCUAAUGUACCUGAUACUUUAAAAUGCAUUCCAGAAUUCAUAGUUGAAAACAUUGUAUCAUUCCUAAUAUUUGUGAGAAGAUUUACUCCAAAAGACUUUGAGGAGCAAAGCUAUGAAAAAUUAUGCCCCAUUCUUACCUUUGUGUUAGUAUUUAUGGGUUCUAGACGACACAUGAAGAAUCCGCACGUUAGAGCUAGGUUAGCUGAGGCUUUGGAAUCACUCUUACCUUACCAUAAGCAUGAUACUCAGAGAAGUAAUAUAGGAAGUACUCAGAGGCUACGGUUGUUUAGGGAGCAUCCUCAUAAAGGAGAGAUUGUAGAAAAUUUGAUGAACGUCUUUGUGGAAAUAGAGAUGACAGGUCAAAGUGUAGAGUUUGAGCAGAAAUUCAACUACCGUAGACCCAUGUAUGCUGUUUUUGAAUAUUUAUGGCAGAUACCAGAGUAUUUAGAAAGUAUUAGAAAACUCGCUCAAGAUGCCGAGAAGAAUAUGGAAGCUGUUAAUCCUCCGUUAUUUUUAAAAUUCGCAAAUUUACUAAUAAACGAUGCCAUUUUCUUACUUGACGAAGCCUUAGCCAAUAUGGCGAAAUUAAAGGAAAUGCAACAGCAACAAGAGAGUGAAGAAUGGGCAAAUAUGAAUCAAAGAGAUAGGACCCAAAACAUUUCAUAUAUGCAUCACAUCGGCAAUCUAGCUCGCUUCGAUAACAUUUUAGGCAAGGAUACUAUAGGAAUGCUAGAAAAAUUAACUUCGAAAAUUAAUCUAGUCUUUACCCACACGACGAUGGUCGACAGGAUAGCCGCUAUGUUAAAUUAUUUCUUACUUAACCUUGUUGGACCAAAUAAAAAGAACUUUAAGGUGAAGGAUGCCAAAGAAUACCAUUUCGAUCCUGCGGAUACGGUUCUAGAAAUAUGUAAGAUAUAUGUCAACCUGAAGGAAAGCGCUGCUUUUUGCCUAGCUGUUUCUCAAGAUGGUCGGUCUUAUAGCCCUAGUCUUUUCUCAUUAGCAGAAGAUGUUCUGGUUAGAAUAGGUGGUGGACCGUUGAUAGGAGAACUGAAAGAAGUUGCAUCCAAGGUUGCUGAAAAAGCAACUGAAUACAAAGCGAACGAGGAGGUUUUGGCAGAGGCACCUGAACAUUUUUUGGAUCCUAUUAUGUCUACGUUAAUGGUUGAUCCUGUUAUUUUACCGAGUUCAAAACAAAUUGUGGAUAGAAGUACCAUUGCUCGCCACCUACUUAGCGAUCAAACGGAUCCAUUCAACAGAUCGCCUUUAUCUAUGGAUCAAGUGAUACCAAACACGGAAUUAGCCCAAGAAAUUAGAAAUUGGAUAGACGAGAGGAAGAGAAAAGCAGCGAAUCAAUAGUAGGGAGAAUUUUAGAUGGUUAUCAGGAAAUUUUCCGAAUUUUUAAAAAUAUUUUUAUGAAUGUUCAAUAGAAUUUUUCUACAUGUGU